AGUCGCAUCAGCCACAUGACGAUGCCUUCGGACUGUUGAUACCCAUGAAAGCACACAUGGCUCGUACCUGGUCCCGGUCCUGGUCCCGGUCCUGGUCCUGGUCCUAGAAUGCUUAGUAGGAGCUAGUCUUACUACUACCGGAAGUCAUCCAUGGACGCACUGUCGCUUGCCACUGAUUACGGUGAGGCCAUAAUGGGUUGAACGGCGAGACCUUCAUAUGAUUUUUAAGAACUCGAGCACUGCGCUGACACUACAACGUCAUGAGUCAUAACAACAACUACUGGGGACAACAUGACCUAAGCAGAGUGUGCUUGGGCCUGCCCAGCGGCAACGCGGAACACAACCUGGCGGAGCUUCAACCGCAGCAACUGGACAACGAAGCUCGCAUCCGAACACAGCCGUCUCCUUGCUACUCUGACUCCUACCACCUUCCCUUGGAUCCUCAGACCCUGCGACCUCAUGAAGGAGACCAGGUGGUUCCAUAUUCUUCUGCCCAGAGAAGGACAUUGUUUUGGGGCCAGCAGCAAAAAGAAGCCAAACCUCUACCGCCAUUACCCAACGCCGAGGAGCUCAUGUCGGAUGAGGCGGCCGACAAUGAGGUGGAGUUUUUCACCAGCGAGCGACGCCCACUUUUGCCCAGGAGCUGCCCUAAGAGCAUGUGCAGGAGCAGAGGUCGGACAAAUCCGGCCUAUCGUGGGGGUUCUUUGCAGUCUGAAAGAGGCUUCUUGGCCUUCUCCUGGCCUGGAGAGGAGAGACAGACUGUCAAAGGUGCUCCUAAUAUGUUCAGCAAACCUCCAGACUAUUCGCCUUCAGAGAAGCCCGUGAUUCCCCCUCGCAUUCCCAUACCGCCAAAAACCUCAAAGACUACAAAUAGCGAGGAUAAACCGCCCAAAAUCCCGCCGAGGGUCCCGCUGGUACCGCCGUGCCCGCCCCGCUCCCCGAGCCCUAAAAGCUUGCCGAUCUACAUCAACGGCGUGAUGCCGCCCACGCAGAGUUUUGCCGCCGACCCGCAGUAUGUGAGCAAGGGGCUGCUGAGCGAGAGGACGCCGCCCGCAGCACAGUCCUCGCCUUGCAUCGUGCCCAUUUUGAAGGACGGCAGGCAGGCCAGCGCCACGCAUUACAUCCUCCUUCCACCUCGCCAAAGGACGGACCGGAGAGGACGACUGUUGAGCGAACCUGCCAGGAUGGCUAACCAGUGGCAGAACAGAUAAUUAUAUAAUCAUUCUAAAUGUGCAUCAAAUCAUUCCUAUCAACCUUUCCAAUGACUUUUUGGUUAGUCAACAAACCAUUUUGAUGCCAUACCAAGUUUCUAACAAGGAUACCACCAUUUUUAUUUUUAUAAUUUAUUACAAUUUUAUAUAAAAAAAACAAAAACAUUUUUGGUAUCAUCUUAACCACACGUUGACAUUUAGUUGAAACUACGGGCCGAAUCUGGCCCACCAGUGUCCAAAAUCCGGUCCACGGGAAGUCCCAAGUUAAAAUGUGUGUGUGUGUGUGUGUGUGUGUGUGUGUGUGUGUGUGUGUGUGUAUAUGUGUGUGUG